GUCAUCACCGCGCGUCCGUUCUCAGACAACGCUCAGUCAUGUUUAUGGUUUAAUGCAGGUGGCUGGGCUUUUGUUUUGUCGACGCUCAUCUGUUGAACUGCUCUUAUUUUGGAUUUCUUGAGGUAUCGUUUGUAGUAAACGCUUAUUUAUUUGUUUCCACAUGGAGUCCGGAGAGGCCCACGAGGAGAAUGCAGCUUCUCUGUCAGCUGCGCAGAGGAGAGCCGAGAUCCGGAGGAGGAAGCUGCUCCUGAAUUCAGAGGAUCGCAUGAAAAGAAUAGUGGGCUUCACCAAAAACGAGUCUGAAUUAAACGCUGCAGCAUCUCGGCGCCCCACAGAGCCCCGCUUUCACCUGGAUCUCGACAGGACGGAGCCAUGGUCCUCACCUUCAUCUUCGUCGAGACCGUCCCCUUUCUUGCCAGAAGCUUCAGCAGGUGUUGGCAGCCGUUCCCACAGUGCCACCCCGGAGAGGAGGGGCUCACCCCUGCCAGGCUGCAACGAGUCACACACGGGCUCCCUGGAUGAUGACAUUGGGGGGAUCCGACAGAGGCCGAGGGGAGAGCUGGCGUCGGACGACAUCAGUAACUCCCCCCGGCGAGGCCUUCAGAAGUACCUGUCCCGUUUCGACGAUGCCAUGAAACUGCGAGGUCAGCUGGCCAAUGAGAAGCCGGCCCAGGAUGGCGAGUCUGAGUCUGAGGAGUUUGAUCCCUUCGUAGUCUUUAGGCUCAUUGGCAGCAUCCUCCUCGCUGUUUUUGUCAGAGUUUCUGUCUGCAAGUAUCUGUCAAUAUUUGCUCCAUUCCUGACCCUCGAGCUGGCCUACAUGGGGUUGUCCAAAUACUUUCCAAAGGUGGAGAAGAAGGCUCAGACCACAGUACUGACUGCUGCCCUGUUGCUGUCCGGUAUCCCUGCUGAAGUCAUCAACCGCUCCAUGGACACUUACAGGAGGAUGGGAGACGUCUUUGCCGACCUCUGCGUUUACUUCUUCACCUUCAUAAUCUCACAUGAGAUCCUGCUUCUUAUAGGCUCAGAGACUCCCUGAUGGACUAGAAGGAUCUCAGUAGCCCAGCCUCUUCCUUAAUUUCCUUCUGUCUCCCAUCGCAACAAGUUAUGGUCAUUAAGUGGGCUGAUGUGAGCUUGUUGUUGACAGUCUGAAAAUGAGUCUUCGCUGCUGUGUAAGGGCACUAUGUCAGAUGGACGAGUGCUAAUUAAUCAGGAUUCUGAUAAGGCUACGCUACAUGUGAUUGUAAAAAGAAAACCUGGUUUUUGUUACAGAUUUCAAAUUCAUUCUUGUUGUGAACCAAACCUGAAAAACAGACAUGUUUGUGUUUGCUUGCGUGACAAACAUGCAGUGGCAUUUCUCAUGCAAGGUUUCAUUAAUUUGUCAGAUUUAGCGAUGAAAUAGUCAAUGUAAUAUUCGAGAAAGGACAAAAGUACAUUUCAUCACUCAACACUUACAAGCUGGUCAGCAGCUGACGGGACAAAGGACAGUGAAAUUUCAUAGGGACAUGUGUAUGAUAACCUAGUAGCUACAGUUGCUAACAUUAGCAUUUGACAAAUAGCUGAUAAGCAAAAGAGUUUAUGAUAUUGUUUCACAAUAUGAUUGGAAUGUGUGUUUUACUUCCAUCCUUAAAUACAUGCGACCAAACUGUUAGUUUGCACUUUAUUAAAAUCUAUAUGAAGCUUUGCCAUCAUAUUGUGUAACACUAUCAGUGUGUAACGUUUGCUAAUAAUGGUUGAAUGCUAACAUAAGCUCAUCCAACGGCAGCUUAUAAGUAAUAAAUGUGCUAUUUAAUUUUGAAGUACCAAAUA